CCCUCCUAUUCCCCACAGACCACAGUCCACUCCAAGCAGCUAGCGGCUGGCUCCUCUUCUCUCCUUCCCCAUGGCCACCUCCCACCUUCUCGCCGCCGCCGCCGCCACAUCGUCCUCCUCCGCCACCUUCCGCCCCCCUCUCCGCUCCCUGUCCUCACCACCCCCUUCGCUAGCCCUCAACCGGCGGCGGCCAUUCCCGGUGGUCUGCGCGGCCGACGCAGACGCUAAAGAAACAACGAAGCCGAAGGUCCCAGAGAAGGCGCCGGCGGCAGGGUCGAGCUUCAACCAGUUGCUCGGGAUCAAGGGCGCCAAGCAAGAAACUAACAUAUGGAAGAUCCGUCUUCAACUUACCAAGCCAGUGACAUGGCCUCCACUUGUCUGGGGAGUGCUUUGUGGAGCAGCUGCCUCUGGAAAUUUCCACUGGACAGUUGAAGAUGUUGCAAAAUCUAUUGUUUGCAUGCUAAUGUCUGGUCCAUGUCUCACAGGAUACACACAGACAAUUAAUGACUGGUAUGAUCGGGACAUUGAUGCUAUUAAUGAGCCUUACCGUCCUAUUCCUUCAGGAGCUAUAUCAGAAAAUGAGGUUAUCACUCAGAUCUGGGUGUUAUUGUUAGGAGGUCUUGGGUUGGGUGCUUUGUUAGAUAUAUGGGCAGGGCAUGAUUUUCCUAUUAUUUUUUACCUUGCUCUUGGUGGGUCCUUGCUUUCUUACAUAUAUUCAGCACCACCUCUGAAGCUCAAGCAGAAUGGAUGGAUAGGAAAUUUUGCUCUUGGUGCGAGUUACAUUGGCUUGCCCUGGUGGGCUGGCCAGGCGUUAUUUGGAACUCUUACUCCUGAUAUUGUUGUCCUAACUUGCUUGUACAGCAUAGCUGGGCUCGGGAUUGCUAUCGUAAAUGACUUUAAGAGUAUCGAGGGGGAUCGAACUCUGGGACUGCAGUCACUUCCUGUUGCUUUUGGUAUGGAAACUGCAAAAUGGAUAUGUGUUGGAGCAAUUGACAUCACUCAAUUAUCUGUUGCAGCCUACCUCUUGAGCACCGGCAAGCUGUAUUAUGCCCUAGCACUACUUGGACUAACAAUUCCCCAGGUGAUCUUGCAGUUCCAGUACUUCCUGAAGGACCCGGUGAAGUACGACGUCAAGUACCAGGCGAGUGCGCAACCGUUCUUCGUCUUCGGCCUGCUGGUUACCGCCCUGGCGACCAGCCACUGACCGAUGCAAACCAACCUGAAGUGAAGCUCGGGAUGUUUUGGUCCAAGGACAGAUCAUUUUGUACAACAGUUAGUGGAAUAAAAGCUGCAGCAACCCUUAUAUGUAUAAGCUUUUUGAUUGGGCGGUAGGGUAGAAUCAGGAAUGCCCCCCCGACGCAUACGGUAGACCGUAGAUGCACGACGCCAGAUUGUUUUGAUGUCAUCAGUGGCUGUGUAACGUAAUUUUGAACACAGAACAUUACUGUUGUAUGAUCAAACUGUUUCUCAUCAUGGAAAGUGCCACUCGAUAAA